CAGGAGUUUCCCACAAUGCAGCGCGGCGCGCUGUCCCGUCUGAUGCUCAGCGCUGCCCCGGAGCCUCCGCCGCGCCCGCCUCCUGUCCUCUCCCCUCCGGGUCCGGGCCCCUGCCAUGGCUCGGCCCGACCCGGUCCUGCCUCAGAGCCGUCGGGAGGCCUGGGGGCGGCGCUCGACAGCAGCUUGCGGGCCGCUGUCGCGUUCAAGGCGGAGGGCCAGCGCUGCUACCGAGAGAAGAAGUUCCGGGAAGCCAUCGGCAAGUAUCAUCGGGCACUGCUGCAGCUGAAGGCGGCGCAGGGAGCCCGCCCUGGGGGCCUGCCCGCCCCCGCCCCUGGGCCCGCCAGCAGCCCGGGGCCAGCCCGCCUCAGUGAGGAGCAGCGGCGCCUGGUGGAGAACACGGAGGUGGAAUGUUAUGACUCUCUCACGGCCUGUCUGCUGCAGUCGGAGCUGGUGAACUAUGAGCGGGUUCGCGAGUACUGCCUCAAGGUGCUGGAGAAGCAGCAGGGCAACUUCAAGGCCACCUACCGCGCCGGCAUUGCCUUCUACCACCUGGGUGACUAUGCGCGCGCGCUGCGCUAUCUGCAGGAAGCCCGCAGCCGGGAGCCCACAGACACCAAUGUCCUACGCUACAUCCAGCUGACUCAGCUGAAGAUGAACCGUUGCAGCCUCCAGCGGGAAGACAGUGGGGCCGGGGCUGGGACUCGGGAUGUCGUUGGCUGAGGCCGACCUAGGGGAACUGUCCCUAGCCCCCCUUCACAAUGUAACUUCCCUGACUAAUGCUCACUGGUAAAGCACUUGUCACUGGUGACCAAAGCUUCUUUGUGUG